CCUCAAAGUCGACCUUCCCGGUAGGUAGGCUUCGUUUUUGCCUCGACUAUCAUCCAAGCUACGAACAGCUUUUACGCGCCCACCAUCAUGGCCGUCCUUGAAGCCAUUCCUGGUAUAAAGGUCACCGUGCGCAUCAAUGGUGUAGACUGUCUGGAAUACGAUGACCUUGAUGUUCCCGAGCAGCAGCUCAGUCACCCGACGUCGUCGAAAUACAUUGAGUCACCUGAUAACACCGAGUUCACUCUCUGCUUCAGUGUACAAAAGGACUACAACUGGGGUGACAAGAUCCACUGUCUUACUUUCCGCGUCUGGGUCGAUUCUACUUGGAUUGGAGGUCGAAUUAUCUAUAAAAACAACCUCACAAAUGGCCAAUAUGAGGAGGUGGUCAAAGGCCAAGAUAUAUUCUGCGACAACACUAAAUCCUGGUUCAAUCACGCACUUAAAUUUUCUACAGUGAAAAUCGUCGAGGACGUGACGAAAGAACGCAUCGAGAAAGAUCAACAGGUAGCCAAAAACCUCGGGCUAAUCGAGGUUAAAGUAGAACGCGGAAUUUAUGUUAUGGAGGACUACAACCACUACGACGGGUACGCUCAGCUGGGGGGUUCUUCUUUUGAGCUUGCCGAGAGGUCCCUGAAGGGCAAAUCAAUUUCCCAUGGAACCAUUUUAUCUACUAGUAUAAAGACUUCACGCCCUAGGUAUAUGCAAGCCAUGCGUCCCCCGGGUGAUAAUGGCCCUAUUGCCAUCUUCCAAUUUCGGUACAGAUCAAGAAGGGCUCUCCAGCAAGAGUUGAUAAUCCCGCAGACUCCACCCAGAUUACCAAGUCUAGACGGGCUUUCUAUGGCUGAAAUAACCCGACUAGCAAAGGAGAGACUUGAGGAAAUAAAUAUAGAAAAGCAGCUCGUCAAAGAAGAACCGAGAUUUAUCAAACGUGAGGUUUACGAGGUUUAUGAUCUAACUGAGGAUGGUACAUCAGCUCUCCCUGCUAAGGCUCGACGUUUUCCAUCUGAAGUCAUAGACCUCACUGAUGACUAAGUCCAAGUCAUAGAGUAUCAUUAGGUACUUUACGGUCGAUUAAAGCUAGGUAGCUAGUAGUGUUGUGUUGAUUUACAGGGCGGUUACUUACAUAUACUGUCAAAAGCUAGGUAAAUACCUCUAGUGAAGCUUGGCCUGCUUUGUGCACUGCCAUAGUACUAAAGAGAAAGAAUUUCGCGUACAGAUAGAGCUACUACUUUUGCAACUUGCAAGUCCUUAUACUAUUUGCAAUCUAAAAUUUUGAUGAUAAGUUCAUGGAACGUCUAUUUUUAGGAAAUGAAAAUUCGCUGAGGUAGAAAAUAAUUACACAUUAUCCCCUAGAUAGAAAUCUAAGAGUGAAG